CACGGUUCAGUGAAAACAGAUGAAAGUGAAACUCGUUUUCUCGUUUGAAAUUUGCUAUCCACGAUAAACCCGUGUUGUACAACUUGUAAUAUACACAACAAAAAGCAAAAUGUACGAUGAAAAGACGCUCGUGUUCGGUAUGCUAUUUUUACAAUCCAAGAUUGAUUAACCUCAUGUGAUUACUAUCGCACCGCAGUCUAAUUGUUCCAAAUGAGGUGUAAAUACACUAAUCGGUCUGAAGAUUAUUUUAUUUCAAAUGCUCAAAUGGAUGUCAACAUAUAAUAUUUCAGCGCUUAAAACGAAUCGAUUUUUGAUUCGAACAAAAAAUCGUCAACCGGUCUUCAAAACUAUCGACGUCACAUAGCAUCUGCCGCAUGCAUAAAAUACGAUCAAUAUUUUUUUGUGCAAUAUAAUCCAAAUUGAUUUUCGAUUAUAAAACGCAAUCUCAUGCCUCGUUUAAAUUAACUUAUGCAAAUCGAAUGGAGCGAAAGAAUCACUGAACCGAACUCUAAUCGAAUUUGAUUUAAAAUAUUUUGUGUCCAUGAAAACAAAUAGAAUAUGAAAAAAUUAAUUAUUUUUUCUAUCACUCAAAUUAGGUGCGUGCGCGCAAAUUCGCUUGUUGGCUAUUUGACUGACUGGUUCGUUGUUGUGUGUUCGUUCGUCGCACGCUUUGACACUCCAACUAAUCGGAUACAACGUAAAAUAAACAGGCAUCUCAUCUCCGCGCAACGCAGAGCAUUUUUUGUGGAUUUUUCAAACGAUGGCAUUUUUUGUUUUCUUCCCCUUCUCUCUGGUUUUUUUUUAUCACCCAGAAAAAUCUAAACAUUUGCAUUAUGGUCUUAUCAAUAACUGGAAGAGGUGUAAUCAGUUUAUGAUAUAGACAUUGCCACAUUCGCAGCAUUUUCGGCGCAUAUUUAUACGCACGGCGAACACUUUAUUCCAACAUUUCACAUCUUCCGUUCAGCCGAUAUAUACCUUUUCACAUUCAGCGGCGUCGUUUGAAUUCGUCAAAAACAGUUUAACCGAUUUUUUUCCCUAAAUAAUAAUAAUCGCAAUCUUGUUGCUCCGAAACAGUUUAAAAUAACAAUCGUUUAAUAUGUGCCAAACUACAGACGAACAUGAAGUGGAAAAUGGCCGCAGAGACUCAGAUAUUCGACCGAAAAUUCGAAAUGAUUUACCUCAGAGGAAAAAAGGAUAUUAUAUGGAUGAAGCCAUUUCCAAAACCAAGUUCGGUUUCUUCAACUACGUCAUAAUUUUUCUGAGUGGCAUGAUAUUGAAUGCAGUGAUGUUGGAAACAUGUGGUAUGGCCUUUGUGAUUCCCGUUUCACAAUGUGAUUUGAAAUUGAGUACGAGUGAAAAAGGGAUUUUGGGCGCCGUUUCAUUCUUUGGAAUAAUUUGCUCAUCACAUUUGUGGGGCUACCUAGCAGAUACCAAAGGCCGUCGCUGCGUUAUUCAACCGACUCUUUUCGUAGCAUUUCUUUUGUCUGUCGCUGCUUCAUUCGUUCAAAAUUUCUAUCUUUUCGCCACAUUACGAUUUCUCAAUGGAUUUUUCAUCUCCGGUUCAUCGGCUACGAUUUAUGCAUAUUUGGGUGAAUUCCAUAACAACGCACAACGAGGUCGUGCCAUAAUGGGAUCAGCAUUAAUCUACGGUGUUUCGUGCCUGUUGUUGCCAUUGCUCGCGUGGUUCGUCAUUAAUCAAGACUGGCAGUUUUACGUACCUUUCAUUGAUAUCACAUACAAACCGUGGCGUUUCUUCCUUGUUGUCUGUAGUAUUCCUGGAUUCCUUUCGUCGUUGAUCCUAUUAUUUUUGCCAGAGAGUCCGAAAUUCGUUCUCGGUCAAGGUAAACAAAUGGAAGCUCAUAAAAUUUUGCAAAAAAUGAACCGAUGGAAUAACGGCAAGAAAAACGAACUCGAAUUAUUUGAAAUUUAUGAAGAGACUGAGUCAAUCGAAAAUCGACGUCGUAUUCUGGAAAACAAAAACAGUCGAUUCCCAUUGCUGAAAUCAGUUUGGAUUCAAACAGCUCCUUUGUUCAAACCUCCUCAUUUGUCAUCGACUCUUUUGAUUUGCACUAUUCAAUUCGGAAUUUAUGCUACGAGCAACGGAUUUUACAUGUUCUUCGCCGAAAUCUUGAACAAAAUGGCAUCGAAUUUGGACAGUUUUACUGAACAACGUAUGGCCAUGUGCGAUAUUAUCAACAUGAAACCGGCUAAUAUGAGCGCAAUCCUACUCGACGAAUAUGACGAUGGAGAAUGCAUAACAAAACUCGAGUUGGCAACGUUAGAGCAAGGAAUCGUUUUGGAAGUUUUGUUUGCCGUAGGCUUUAUGGUCAUCGGACUGAUCAUUAAUAAAGUUGGCAAAUUCCCCAUUUUAUUUUUCAUUUUGAUAGUUAGUGGAUCGAGUGGCAUUGCUUGUAUGCUAACUAAUAUACCAGUGGUUCAGGUGUACUUACUUAUUACAUUGAUGUGUUCAGGCAUCGCAGUGAAUAUUGUCAAUUCGGCGACCGUUGAACUGUAUCCAACCGCUUUGAGAGCAAUGGCAAUCUGUAUUUCAUUGAUGUUUGGAAGGUUGGGAAGUGUAGUUGGCGCUUCCAUCAGCGCUAUGCUACUGGACAAACAUUGUGAGACUGCCUUCUAUAUAUCUGGCACAAGUGUCCUAGCUGUGGGAGUGCUAACGUACUUUAUCCCGAAAAUUCAUGAAAAGGUCGACAGUCGAAAAUCAAUCGUACAAAACGAACCACGUCUCAGUGUCAUAUCAUUCAGAUAGGCUGUGUUAUUAGUAAUUUAAAUGCGAUAAAAAGAAACUAUGACACAAAUUAUACUAUGAAUACUAUGGAGUCAAAAUGCAUGGAAACCCAAUUCAUUCUCAGCUAUAUUUUGUGUGUGCUGUGAACAUUAAAUUAUGUUCAAAAGUAUUAGAACAUUUAGAUGUAUACCAUAAGAAAUUUUAGAUAUUAAGUAUCAGAACUUCCACUGUGAGCCUAUUUAAAUGUAUAUUUACCAUUUAGUAAUAAAUUUUAAUUGAUAAUAUUUUGUUUUGGAUAGACUGCCAAUAGACCCAUUUUCACGAUGAUCUCCAACAAAAUAAAUAAAUAUCAAUCUAGUUACUUCAA